GUCUGCAAGAGCUACUGCUAUGCUGCUGCAGAGCAGGCCCGUGACCAGUGUACCCAAAUGCGAUCACGCAUCCCCCCGGUCUGGACCACGGCGACCUGUCCCUCGCUGCCAUCCCAUUUCUCCGGAUUUUCCUGUUCUCAUGACUUCCCCAGUGCCAGGGCCUGUCCCCCCCUUGAGGUAAUCCUUGGAGCUAUUGUGAAUUAUUUAAAGAAGCUACCGCACCCAUCACUGCCCACCAUCAUCAACCCUGUCGUUUUUUGGUUCUACUGAUUCUUGUCCCAAAGUCUUCCGCUCCCACUGCUCAUAACUUUCUCUGGCUUUCAUCUCCAGCACAGACAUACCAGCUACGCAGUCCACAAUGUCCCUUUCGAUUGAAACCACCGAUGUCGCCCCUGCUCCGGUCCCUGUCCCGGUCCAGGACGGUCCAGCGCUCGGCUCCAAAUCUCGGAUGCCCGAGUUCAGCCUGGCAGGGAAAGUGGUCUGUGUUUCUGGAGCUGCCCGCGGUCUCGGAUUGACCCAGGCUGAAGCUCUCCUGGAAGCGGGUGCCAAAGUGUAUGCGCUGGACCGUCUUGAAGAGCCAUCCCCCGAGUUCUUCGUUAUUCAGAAGCGGGCUGUAGAGGAACUGGGCACAGAGCUACACUACCGUCGCAUCGACGUGCGCGACACGGAGCUGCUGCACCACGUAAUUGAGGCCAUCGCCAACACCGAGGGACGCAUGGACGGGCUGAUCGCGGCGGCGGGGAUUCAGCAAGAGACCUCAGCGCUGGAGUACACGGCCGAGGACUCGAACCGGAUGUUCGAGGUGAAUGUUACAGGUGUGUUUAUGACGGCUCAGGCAGUAGCCAAGCAGAUGAUUCGCUUUGGCAACGGAGGGAGCAUUGCGCUCAUCGCCAGCAUGAGCGGAACUAUCGCCAAUCGGGGCCUCAUCUGUCCCGCAUACAAUGCCAGCAAGGCGGCCGUGAUUCAGUUAGGUCGCAACCUCGCCAUGGAGUGGGGGCAGUACAACAUCCGGGUCAACACCAUCUCGCCCGGCUACAUCGUGACGGCGAUGGUCGAGCAACUGUUCGUGGAGUACCCUGAGCGGCGUGAGGAGUGGCCGAAGCACAACAUGUUGGGGCGGCUGUCGACCCCCAACGAAUACCGGGGCGCUGCGGUCUUCCUCCUCAGUGACGCCAGCAGCUUCAUGACGGGAAGCGAUCUGCGCAUGGACGGCGGCCACGCCGCGUGGUGAUUACCGAU